AUGACUACGAAUCCGACGAACAGAGUUCUCAAGAAAAUGAACAGUUUUAUCGAUGAAUGGCACAGAAAGGGCUACAUUGAUUUCCGCACACAACGGAGAUUAAAAGAUUCGAGCUGCAACCCACCAAGAAUCUACGGAUUACCAAAGAUUCACAAAGAGAACCGUCCGCUCCGGCCGGUGGUGUCAACUAUAGGAUCGGCAACAUACAACAUGGCUCGAUUCCUGGCGGACGUAAUCGGAAAAGUGGUUGGAAAAACAGUUUUCCACGUACGCAACAGCUUCGAUUUUGCAGAAGAAAUCACAGGAGUCCAGACAAGUGAAGAAGAGGUAUUGUUUUCGCUGGAUGUGGUCUCGCUCUACACGAACGUACCAGUGGACUACGCACUGAGGUGUCUGUUGGAAAGGUGGCCCGAAAUAGAACAACACACGAACAUCGAUAAAGAUAGCUUCGUCGAUGCAGUAAAGGUGGUCCUAGAAUCAACUUUUUUCGUCUACCAAGCCAACGUUUACGCGCAAACGUUUGGCGUUCCAAUGGGAUCACCACUAUCCCCGGUGAUUGCAAAUAUCGUCAUGGAAAAGUUGGAACAGGAGUGCAUGGUGAAACUGGAGGAGAAGCAAAUACGCAUGAGAGUAUACAAGCGUUAUGUGGACGACUGCUUUUGCGUAGCCAGAAAAGACCAAAUUCAAACGAUCGUGGAAGUAUUCAACGAGUUUCACGAACGUUUGCAAUUCACGGUGGAAGAAGAAGUUGAUGCGAAAAUCAAAUUUCUCGACAUGAUGUUGGAACGAGAAAAUAAUAAAAUAACAACAUCCUGGCUUCCCAAACAAGCCAACGGAAGAUAUUUGGAUUUCACAUCCAAAAGUCCGUUCCAGCAGAAGCAAAACACCGCGAUCGCGCUAAUAGAUCGCGCAAUAAAAUUGUCGUGCGGCGAGAAACGAGAAGAAGCUCUGAACCAAGCCACGCGGAUCCUGGCGAAGAACAAUUACCCAACGUGGUUCGUGCACAGGGUGAGAAAACAACGCGUCCACAAGCAUUACAACUCACUGGACGCGGAAACCGGACCAGAUCAACACGCAAAGUAUGUGUCUGCUCCCUAUGUACCAUGCUUGAGCGAAAAAUUGAGGAAAAUACUGCGGCGCAAUGACGUGGUAUUAGCGUCCAGACCCCAAAACAAAAUAAAACACAAAAUCUUUAGCAAGAUGAAGGACCCAAUACCACCAGGGAAGCAGAGAAAUGUGGUGUAUUCCAUACCAUGCGGCGCGAACGACGGGAAGGUAUACGUGGGCCAGACGAAACGAAUGCUGGAGGUGAGGAUGGCCGAGCACAAAAACGACUGCAAAAAACGGAAUCCGAAAUCUGGCUUAGCUGUGCACAAUAUGGAAGAAGGGCAUUCGUUCGACUUCGAGAAAACAGCAGUGCUAGAACGCAUUGAGGACCCGGAGACCAGGAUUAUCGCAGAGGUAUUCCACAUUAAAAAGAUGGGAGAAAAACAAACGGUCAAUCUACAACGUGAGUGUGGCAACUUUAAUUCCACAUACAAUGGACUAUUGACCCGACUACCUGCACGAUCCAAUACACGAAUGAGAAGACGACCGAACACAAACGAUGACGAAGCUAAUGACGAAACGGGCGAUGUUGAACGUUGA